CUCACGACCAUAUACACACCAUGGCAGAGACCAGGAAACAAGAGAAAGAUUUCGCGAAGGAGGUGGACGAGCUUGUUCCCCAGGCCACGACUUUGGCGGAGUCUGGUCAGCUGGGGGAUGCACUGGAGAAAUUGCUUGCACUGGAGAAGCAGACGCGUAAUGCAUCGGAUCAGGCAUCGACGACACGGCUCGCGAAAAGCGUGCUUGAAUUGGCAUACGCGGCCAGAGAUUACACCCAACUAAAUUCGAACAUCAAUUUCUUGAGCAAAAAGCAGGGCCAAUAUAAGGUCACUAUUCAAGCGAUGGUCGAGCUCUCCAUGGGCUGGUUGGAGGAUAUCAAGGCUCGAGAUGGUGUUGAGAAGUGGUUGGAGCUUGUUGAGACUUUGCGAGCCGUCACGGAGGGCAAGUUAUUCUUGGAGACCCCACGAGCCCGUGUAACUCUACUACUAUCCCAUUAUCAUGAAUCCCUCGUCGAAACCCCGACCCCGACCUCCCCGCCACCACGAGACUCUCUCAUCACUGCUUCUGAGUUGCUCGCAGAUUUGGAAGUGGAGACAUACUCUUCGAUGGAGCGACGGGAGAAGACAGAGUUUAUUCUUGAGCAGAUGCGGCUGCUGAUUGCCGUUGCACGCCUAAAAGAUGCCGAGAGUGGGAGCGAAGGAAAGGAUUCGCUGGGUGGUGGCGAGACCGAGUGGGUGAAGGUUAGGGUAGGAAGCAGGAAGAUCAACGAAGGUUUCUUGAGUGAAGCGGCGCAUGAGGACCUCAAACUCAAGUACUAUGACAUGAUGGUCCAACACGGUCUGCAUCACAGCGCAUACCUGGAUGUGGCCAAAUACUACCAUAAAGUCUGGGAAACGCCAUCGAUUAAGGAGGAUGUCUCCGGGAAAGGACGGAUAGCUCUAGAGCAUAUUGUCUACUUCGUUGUGUUGGCUUCGCAUGACAAUGAGCAGUCUGAUAUGAUGCACCGCCUUUUUACCAACCCUGCUCUAUCAAGGCUUGAGCUGCAUUACAACCUCGUCAAGUCAUUCACGACGCCAGAGUUGAUGAGAUGGCCUGGCAUUGAGUCCAUCUACGGACCUUUCCUCCGCAAGAGCGCCGUGUUCGAAGUUGACAAGCAUUGGCAAGAUCUGCACACGCGAGUGAUCGAACAUAACAUCCGUGUCAUCGCACAAUAUUAUACGCGUAUUACCCUUGCGCGUCUCACAACACUCCUUGAUUUGAGCCCGCAACAAACGGAGGACACACUCUGUCGCCUCGUCGUCUCUGGCACAAUAUGGGCGCGUAUCGAUCGACCAUCGGGUGUGGUAAACUUCCGUAACAAACGCAGCGCCGAGGAUGUCAUGAACGACUGGAGUGCCGACAUGCAAAAGCUGCUGGGCUUUGUCGAAAAGACGUGGAUGGGGAUGAACGCCGCCCAGGCAGCACAGUCGAGAGUAAAGGCAUGAUACUGUAUGUACCAGAUGAUGUUGCAUAAUGGACUUGUAUUUUGAGUUUGCUUUUCGGACACACUGAAGACGAGGUAUCGUCACGACAACAUAACGACGACCAAAAUUAUGUGAUACUGGGUGUAUGGAAAAGAGAUAGCGAUGCCUUUUCAUGGCUUGGGUGUAAACUCCGUGAUCGGCGUGAAGUCAGCCUUGACAGGCUCUAUAGGCGACACGGGCUCCGUCAAUGCAGGAGAAUAGUCCGGCCUGACGCCCUCCUUCCAAAGUCUGACAUACUCCUGACCUCGGCUCCACUCUCCAGGCGAACCACCACGAUUGACUACGGCACGCCAACGCUUGCGUGCGGUGAGCUCACGCUCGUCCAUUUGCUCGCUCUUGAUACGCCGCUCGGCAAGCACCUUCUCCUCCUGCAUGAAACUGUUCUCGAUUGCGGACGGACCAAAGGUUGCGCCGUAAGCUUCGGCCUCUUGUGCGGCGAACGCGGAAGCGAUGUGAUGCUCAGAGCGAAGAGCGCGGAAUUGAGCAAUGGACGUAGAGUAUGCUUCGGUAAGGGGAAGGCCGUGGUACUCGUGAAGAUUCACGGCGAAGCGGACGGCGUCUUCCGGCGAAGGGUUCCGGCCUCGCUGGCGAAGGCGCGUCCACACUGCACCAUGGAUAGGAUGCUCAGGCUUGACCUUGCCGCUCUCGGUGAGGGUUAUGGGUCGGAAGGACUCGAAGGGGUGGUCGCGAAAGAACUGGCGUCGGACUUCAUCUUCCAAAUAGUGGAUUGGCUUUGGACGAGGCUCUGGAGCCUUUUGAGUGGUGGACCUAGGCGUAGGCGUGUCGUAGGCAGUUCGUGCUGCAGGUGCUUUGGGAGGGAGAGGGAGUGGUGGGUGCUCGAGGACGGCAGCGAGCCACACUGGGCGCUGCUUGAUGUAGUCUGCGCGAAGGAGACGUGAAGCCUGCUGGUGGACUUGAGAUGCUAUCCGUCGAACCAUCUUCGUUGGCACUCGUCGCCUUCGU